UGGCCGCAGUCUAGAUUUUACUUUCUUUCCUAGAGCAUACACAAGAUCAACACUCGAAGGGUUACCAGCUGGAACACACAAACAAAUUUGGCUUGAACCCUGUGACCCUGUGAGCCCAGUUUCCAGAGAGUGCGUGAAAAUGAAGCUUCUGAUCUUUUCACUACUGCUGGCAUACUCCUAUGCUUUUCCACAACAUCAGCAUCAGCAGCAUCAGCAGCAUCAGCAACAUCAGCAGCAGCAGCAGCAGCAAAACAUUGACUACGACCAGCAUCAGCACCAACACCAACAAAAUGUGGAAAAGCGAAUCCACCACGAGACCACCACUUGGAUCCCAAUUCUGAAGUACAACAAGGAGCAGGGUGAAGAUGGCAGCUACAAAACCGAAUACCAAACCGGCAACAACAUCGUCCACGAAGAGUCCGGCUACCUGAAGGACUUCUCCGACGCCCACCCCAAUGGAGUGCUGGUCCAGCAGGGUGCCUACUCGUACGAGGCUCCCGACGGGCAGGUCAUUCACGUGCAGUACACCGCCGACGAGAAGGGUUUCCGAGUGACCGGUGACCAUCUGCCGACCGAACCGCCAAUCCCGGAGGGCAUCCGCAAGGGUCUGGAGGAGAUCUACGCCGGAAUCAGACGUCGCGAGCAGGAGGGCAAGAAUGAUCCCAAAUACGCGGAGACGGCCGCCCAGAGGGCUGAGCUGGACUACAACGGACAGUACUAUCACCAGUAGAGAAAUUUUGUUAUCGACUAGUUGUUAAAUCUUACGCGUUAGUUUCUGCCCCACUUGAACGCAUUUCGUGUGUGUUUAUUUAUAUUAGCGUUAAUCUGUCUGAACAUUUUAAUUUAUACUGCUUCGUACAGCCACCACCCAUUUCUGUUCACCUGCGUUGAGGGGUAUCUCGCAGGACAUGUGGACAAUUCAUGUAAAAAGAAGACUGUGAUUUCGCUCCAUCUGGCUAGCAUCGGAAUUAAUAAAAUGUUGUCAUCGCCAUCA